CUUGGAAAAUCGCUGUCACAGUGAGUCAGUUAGGAUUUGCUAGUGCGAGGAAAAACAUUCCGAAGGCCAUCGACGGUUUCGUAAGCGUUCUCGCGGUCGAUUGGAGAAGUGAAGUAGAAAAAAGUGUUUUUCGCCCGAAUUUAACGGUUGAAAGUGUUGAAUCGAACCGUUGUUUAGCUCCAGAUCAGCAAAGAAGCAAAGCAAGCUUUGCAGCGCAUUUUUCACCCAGGAAACGGAUCAGUAAAAGGCCUCAAAACGGAGCACAUAACGAAAAUGAUGGAUUUCAGCGGUGGGGCCUAUGGUGGAGGCAAAGCAGGUGGGGCAUUCGAUCCUAUCGGCUUCGCCAUGAGGCCCACCGUGAUCCUGCGAGCCGUCUGUUGGCUAUUUGCGAUAAUCGUCUUUGGUUGCAUAUCAUCCGAGGGUUGGCGGGAAGAGAACGGCAAGGAGUAUUGCAUAAUUAAUCGGGACACGAAUGCUUGCAACUACGCUGUCGGCAUCGGCGUUAUCGCCUUCCUGGCUUCGAUGGGCUUCAUCGCGGGCGAAUAUUUGUUCGAGCAGAUGUCAUCGGUUAAAACACGAAAACACUACGUCCUAGGGGAUCUUGCGUUCUCCGCUUUGUGGACCUUCCUGUACUUCAUCGGCUUCUGCUAUCUAACCAACGCGUGGGGAAAGGCGGACGAUCCGCCGAACGGUGAAGGCGUUAAUAACGUCCAGGCUUCCAUCGUGUUCUCGUUCUUCUCGAUUUUCACCUGGGCAGGUUGUGCCUAUUUUGCGUAUUUGCGCUUCAAGGCGGGCGUGGAUCCUUCCUUCUCGUCGACGUACGAGUCGGACCCGAAUGCGACCACGCAGUACUCGGCCUAUCCGGUGGGCGGCGGCGGCGAUAGCGAACAGUUCCAGCAGGCACCCUUCGGGGGACAGCAACAGCAGCAGCAACCGGCUGGCGACUUCUCAGCUACCACCUAUUAAAACAAGUCACAACUUACGCACCCUUAUCCGGCGUACAGCGGAGAAGCAUUAGCAGGAAGCAGCCAGCAGUAAACGAAAAGCUUACAACACAGCGUCCGAUCACGCUGUUGGUGCAAAUUUUCGAGGCUCAACAUGUGCAACCAAGCAACUUUUGAUUACGAUCACUGGGCUUGUCAUGAACUAGCGAACACAACAGCAAAAUCGAACAUAAGAUUUCUAACACAUAAAAAACAAAAACAGAAACCAGCAUCUCAAGACGGACAUUUUUUGAUCGGCAUUUGAAACCGAUAAUCGGCAAUAUUUUUCGAAAUCUUGAAAGAGAAGUAUCAGCUAAGACGCAAUAAUAAACUUAUUCAUGAGAGAAGAGGAAAACAAAAUACACCCACACACUUUUACAUAUUUCUCAUACGCGUACGAGUCUGCGCUCGUUUGCGAGCGAACAAAGCAAACCAAACCAAACCAAAAACACUCACACACAUACACGUAUAUAUACAUACUUACCAGAACAAUGAAGUAGUAAGUAGAGAACAAUCGGAUGAAAAAACACACAAUCUAAUGAAACAGAAAACAAAAAAAAAGAAAAGAAUAUCCAAGCAAAAAAGAGAUUUAGAAAAUAUUGUUAGUUUACGAAAUAAAAAAAACUAAUAAAAAAGUGUUAUCCUAAAACCAGACCGUAAAACAUAACAAAUAAGACAAAGAGAAAUGGAAAAGAAGCAAACAAAAGAUAUCUUAACACAUAAGUACUUGAUAUAUAAUUUAUCGUACAGGCUGAAUGUAUGGAUGGAACAAAAAAAAAACUUGGAACGCAUUUUGGUUAAAACGGUGCCGUACCUAGUUUCGUCAGGUUACGGUGCCAGAUACGAGGGGAGCGGUCUCAUCUGCCAUAGCCUUUUUCGAAGAUUCUAUUGAGAUUAAACACAGACGAGAAACUUUUUCAAAACAUAUUUUUCACAACAAAACAGUAUAAGACAAACGCAAAUUUUGCAUUAAGAAAUGAACAGUGUAUGGUGGAAUGAAAUCGAUUUUAGAGUUUUUUGCAGUGAAAUACUAAAACUAUUACCGUUUGCACAUUCCGUACGUUUUUUGUUUAAACAAAAUAUUAUAACAGGAAUUGAUUGGAUGUUAUUAAAAUAACUCACCUCUUUCGAACCUUUCAUGAAGAUACUUUUGUGGAGUAUAAAAAGUAAAAUUAAACACACAAAAACUGCUUACAUCACUUACCCAAUAAUCGCUGACGGUAAAAGAUAAAGCAUCAUAACGUUUUCGGCAAACUACAUUAUCGACAUUUGCUUGUUAUGAAAUGUCAAAACGACCGAGGAAAAACAUCGCCAUCUAAGAUUAUAGUGAUUGGCGACCGUUAGCGUUAGCCAAUAACUUCUGCGGGCUUUGUUGAUUGUACGGAAAUUUUAAAUUUACUAAUCUGUCUUGUUACUUCAAAACAAAUACUUGGCUAUAUUGGCAAAUAAGGGACGCGUUUGCGUUGGUAGGAUAAAACCUAAACUACAAGCUGAAAUGUUAUUAAUAUACACCAUAAGCAUUAUUUAUAGAACAAAUCAAGAAAAAAAAAACAGAGAUAAAAUACCGAAAUCAACCGCUCUUAUAAGAAAAAACAAAGUAAAGAGUUUAAACUGUACCGUAGUAUUCAUUUUUAUUUACACUGCUCUAGAGACGUAGCUAUUUUCUGUUUUUCGCUUGUUCGGGAAACGGAAAUACUCAUUCCCCGUGGGCGAACAAAUACUAUAAAUCGUUGGUAAAACAAAAAAAAAACCCGCAGCAAAUUGCAUUGUAGCUUGUUUCAUUCGAGUGCCACCCAUUGGAGCAUUCUUACUAUAGUUGUAAUGGUGUAAACGUUGUAAAUAAGGUAAACAAAAUAUAUGCUUUGAUCAUACCACCAACAGUCGAGGCUAAUCCAAGAAACCACUGCUUGAACUCGACUAGAUAAAGUUGAACAGGCUUUAGACUAGCAGAUAUUAAGUUCAGUAUUUUGCGUGAAAAAAUCCGUUUCCGAUAAUCAGUUCUCCCCAUGGAUAGUUACGAAUUCCCAUCUAACCACAAGUAAACAAACCUAACUCGGAAAAAGUGAAAACAAAAAAAAUCUUAUAGUAAUGGAUGUGAUUUCGAUAAUCUCUACAGCAGCAUGAUGGUUAAAUUUAGAGGUACAGCAGCUAUACCAAAUAAUAUUUACCCCAGCAGGCGUUGUUGGUCGAAGUUAAGUUAAUUGGAAACAUUCCAACGAACGGUUAAAAAGAAAACCGGGUCAAAAAUAAGUAACAAAUAACGCGGAUUUCAGAAGUAUCAACCAGUUGGCGUUGGUCAGGCAGUACAACCUUAAAUGGUGACAGGAGAAACCAAUUUAACGUGUAAACAACACAAUUUCACUGGUUAAAUUGCAUGACAAACCACUAAAACAGAGCAAAAGAGAUAGAACACGAAAGUGAACAACUGUGCGAUCUUCAUUGUGUACUAUUUAUUAGCUUGUUUUUAAGUUUUAUAGAGUUACUUUUAAAUGAAAUAAAAAUAUAUAUAUAUUAAUAUGUAAGACCACGCAACUGGUCAUCAAAACGUUUUGCGCUAAACCAAAUGGUAUUGGAAAGACGAAUCUUGGUGGUGAAGAAGAAAAACAAGCAAAAAAAAAACACAACCUACAGACAGACAUAAACACUCACAUAUAGGUAUCGUGAAGAUGGCGAAAGAAAACCAAAACCAAAUAAAUUAUGUUAAUAAAAAUACAUUAGGAAAAAUGUAA